AUGUCAUCCACACAGCCAACUGACACCACCGACGAAAAUGUUGAGAUCUGGAAGAUGAAGAAGUUGAUCAAAAACCUCCAAAUGGCCAGAGGUAACGGUACUUCUAUGAUCUCCCUUGUUAUCCCCCCCAAGGAUCAGAUUUCCCGUGUAGUCAAAAUGUUGGCUGAUGAAUACGGUACUGCCUCCAACAUCAAAUCUCGUGUCAAUCGUUUAUCAGUCUUGUCUGCCAUUACUUCUACUCAACAACGUUUGAAGUUAUACACCAGAGUUCCUGAGAAUGGUUUGGUUGUUUACUGUGGUACCAUUAUCACGGACGAAGGCAAGGAAAAGAAGGUCAACAUCGAUUUUGAGCCUCACAAGCCCAUCAACACCUCUCUUUACUUGUGUGAUAACAAAUUCCAUGUUGAAGCUUUGUCUGAAUUGUUGGAUAACGAUGCCAAGUUUGGUUUUAUUGUCAUGGAUGGUAACGGUACCCUCUUUGGUACUGUGUGUGGUAAUGUACGCGACGUUAUUCACAAGUUGUCUGUUGAUUUACCCAAGAAGCACGGUCGUGGUGGUCAGUCCGCACUUCGUUUCUCUCGUCUCCGUGAGGAAAAGAGACACAAUUACGUCCGCAAGAUUGCUGAACUCGCUGUCCAGCUCUUCAUCACCAACGACAAGGUUAACUGUGUCGGUUUAGUUUUGGCUGGUUCUGCUGAUUUCAAGACUGAAUUGUCUCAGUCCGACUUGUUCGACCCUCGUCUCCGUGCAAAGAUUGUCAAGAUUGUCGAUGUUUCCUAUGGUGGUGAAAACGGUUUCAACCAAGCUAUUGAAUUGUCUGCUGAAGCCUUGUCCAAUGUCAAGUUCAUCCAAGAGAAGCGUUUGAUCGGCGAUUAUUUCAGUGAGAUUUCCCAAGAUACUGGUAAAUACUGUUUCGGUAUUGAUGAUACUUUGAAGGCACUUGAGAUGGGUGCUGUCGAGACAUUGAUUGUUUGGGAGAACCUUGCUGCUAACCGUUAUAUUCUUCGUGAUGCCUCUGGUACCGAAACUGUUGUCUAUCCUACUGCUGAUGAAGAAAAGACCAAGUCCUUCUUGGUCGACAAGAGUCCUGACGCUACCACCAACGCUGAAAUGGAGGUUGUCGAAUGCAUGCCUUUAUUAGAAUGGUUCACUCACAAGUACAAGGAAUUCGGUGCCGUGCUUGAGAUUGUCACUGAUCGUUCUCAAGAAGGUUCUCAAUUCGUUAGAGGCUUUGGUGGUAUUGGUGGUAUUCUCAGAUAUCGUGUCAACUUUGAACAGCUCAACUACGACUCUGAUGAAUUCAUUUCUGAUGAUGACGAGGAAUAUAUCUAG